UAAGUACUAAGUAGUAAUAAUCUUCUCAUGCUUACAUAUUAAAUACUCAAAACAGAAAAGAGUUCUUGCUGUGAGUACUGUCUUGAUCUCAGCAAACCACUCCAUACCCAGAAAGGAAAAUCAACAAAUUAUAAAACCAAAUAGCAAAAAAUAAAUAAAAAUAAAAUGGGAACAGAGGUGGUGAAUUAUGAGAGCAAUGGACAUGGUGGCUGCUGUAAUAACAAGGGACCAGGUUAUGCCACCCCUCUUGAAGCCAUGUCUGGUCCUAGAGAAUCUCUUAUCUAUGUCACUUGCGUUUAUUCUGGAACAGGAAUUGAGAAGCCUGAUUAUCUAUCUACGGUUGAUAUUGAUCCGAACUCACCGACUUAUUCAAAAGUCAUCCAUAGGCUUCCUGUGCCAAAUAUAGGAGAUGAGUUGCAUCAUUCGGGUUGGAAUGCGUGCAGCUCCUGCCAUGGCGAUCCGUCUGCAAACCGACGCUUUCUUAUCCUGCCAUCGUUGAUAUCUGGUCGGAUCUAUGUAAUUAAUACCCAAAAAGAUCCAAAAGCUCCAUCGUUGCACAAAGUUGUUGAGCCUGCAGAAAUCAUAAUGAAAACGGGAUUGGCCUAUCCACACACAUCUCAUUGUCUUGGCUCUGGAGAUAUAAUGGUCUCAUGCUUAGGAGAUCGAGACGGAAAUGCAGAGGGGAACGGAUUUCUUCUCCUCGACUCAGAGUUCAACGUUAAAGGAAGGUGGGAAAAGCCAGGGCAUACUCCACUUUUUGGCUAUGAUUUCUGGUACCAACCCCGACACAACACAAUGAUCAGCUCAUCAUGGGGAGCUCCUUCAGCCUUCACUAAAGGAUUUAAUCCGCAGCAUGUGUCUGAUGGUCUGUAUGGAAGGCAUCUUCAUGUCUAUAGCUGGCCAGAUGGUGAAUUGAAACAGACACUGGAUCUUGGCAAUACAGGCCUCAUACCCUUAGAGAUAAGGUUUCUGCAUGAUCCUUCUAAGGAUACAGGAUUUGUUGGCUGUGCGUUGACGAGUAAUAUGGUUCGAUUUUUCAAGACUCCAGAUGGAUCAUGGAGCCAUGAGGUGGCAAUAUCAGUGGAACCAUUGAAGGUCAAAAACUGGAUCCUUCCUGAAAUGCCUGGGCUUAUAACGGAUUUUCUAAUCUCUCUUGAUGAUCGGUUUCUGUACUUUGUUAAUUGGCUUCAUGGUGAUAUUAGACAGUACAACAUUGAGGACCCAAAAAAUCCUGUCUUAACAGGUCAACUCUGGGUUGGGGGCUUAAUCAAGAAAGGAAGCCCUGUACUGGUGGAGACAGAAGAUGGCAAUACUUGGCAGGCUGAUGUUCCAGAGAUUCAGGGUAAUCAAUUACGAGGAGGACCUCAGAUGAUCCAGCUAAGUUUAGACGGGAAGCGGCUCUACGUAACUAACUCCCUCUUCAGUGCUUGGGAUCGUCAAUUUUAUCCAGAAAUGGUGGAGAAAGGAUCCCACAUGUUGCAGAUAGACGUCGACACUGAAACUGGCGGUCUGAAAAUAAACCCCAACUUCUUCGUGGACUUUGCCGGAGAGCCUGAUGGCCCUUCUCUCGCCCAUGAGAUGAGAUAUCCGGGAGGCGACUGCACUUCUGAUAUAUGGAUUUAAGUAUCAGAAUCAUAGUGGCAGUGUUCAUGAGGGGGUUACCUGAGAUCAGAUAUCACAGUGAUGUAAUAAUCCAUUAUGUGUGUGGAUUGCAAGAUUGCCAAUUCAUGGCAGUGUAAUCUUGAAUGGAGAAAUAUGAUAUUUCAAGUAUAAUGUUAAUAAUAUCCAUUAAACUAA